CCACAAUCCGCAAAAAUGGCACCAGCAGCAACCGGAGGCAAGAAGCAAAAGAAGAAGUGGUCAAAGGGAAAGGUCAAGGACAAGGCCCAGCACAACGUCCUCCUCGACAAGGCCACGAACGAUAAGCUCCAGAAGGAUGUCCAGUCCUACCGCCUCGUCACAGUCGCCGUUCUCGUCGACAGACUGAAGAUCAACGGAUCAUUAGCGCGCAAGUGCCUCGCCGAUUUGGAGGAGAAGGGUGUGAUCAAGCAGGUGGUCAACCACCACGCAUGCAAGAUUUACACUCGUGCUGUUGGUGGUGCCGAUUAAACGAACAACCUCGCGCGCGGUGGAGCAGGGACAUUCUGCAGGAAUCGAUUGAUAUGAAUAUCUGAUGGCGUACAACUGGUUCUCAUAGGGUCGAAGGAGCACACGGGAAAGCGGAACGACCACUGUUUCUUGCCACUCAAGGCGGAAGUGUGCAAUACGAUACUUCUCCGGACUGCAGUCAACGAAUGCGAAGCCCUCACGAACCCAACAAUCUUCACAUUUCCAGCAGCG